AAAAUCAUUUUAGAUCGCAAGGGGAUAGCAGUGAUUUGUUUUGUGGUGCUAUAGUGGUUUAACAUCGUAAUUUAAAAUAAAAAAGUAAAAUAGAAACAUGCAUCGAACACUAAGCACCAUGGCUGGUCCAUCUGGCCAAAAAUUUGCAACUUGGUUAUUAGCGAAAAAUGCACCCUGUAUAACGAAUUCACCAACUAGAAGUUACAAUGUUCCUGCAGCUUCUGAACCGUUUUUAAAUGGAAGCUCCGGCCAGUAUGUGGAAGAUAUGUACAAUGCUUGGUUGGUCGACCCCUCCAGUGUACAUGCGUCCUGGGAUUCAUUUUUUCGAAAUUCUUCUCAAGGAGGCGCCGGGUACCAAGCACCACCAUCUUUAGCACCUUUAGGAAAGAAUGAGCUACCAGUCUCCUCCUUUCUGCCGGCCUUGGCCGGAUCCACCGGUCUUGGAGCAGCACCGAUCAGCGAAAAGGUCAUCGACGACCACUUGGCGGUUCAAGCUAUCAUCAGAAGUUACCAAAUUCGAGGACAUCACAUAGCUAAGUUGGAUCCCCUUGGUAUUAACAGCGCAGAUCUGGACGAUCAGACGCCACAAGAGUUGGUGUACAAAAACUACAACUUUGGCAAUCAGUCGAGAACAUACAGCGAAGAGUUGAGAAGGCAGGUCCAGCAAUUUAUGCAAAAGGAAACCGAUAUGGAUAGAGUAUUUAAAUUGCCAUCAACGACAUUUAUCGGUGGAAAAGAAAAAUCCUUGCCUUUGAGAGAAAUACUGAGACGACUGGAGUUAACCUACUGCAGACAUAUAGGUGUUGAAUUCAUGUUCAUCAACAGUUUGGAACAGUGUAACUGGAUCCGACAGCGACUAGAGACUCCUGGCGUUACAGAUCUGACACCCGAAAAGAAACGACUUAUUUUGGCGAGGUUGACGAGAGCUCAUGGAUUCGAAUCGUUCUUGGCCAGAAAGUACUCAUCCGAAAAACGUUUCGGCCUCGAGGGAUGCGAAAUCCUUAUACCUGCAAUGAAAACUGUGAUAGAUAAAUCAACAGACUUAGGUGUAGAAAGUAUAGUUAUGGGUAUGUCCCAUAGGGGGCGUCUUAAUGUCUUAGCUAACGUUUGCCGCAAACCUUUGCAUCAACUGUUUACCCAAUUCGCAGGCUUGAAAUCUGCUGAUGAUGGUUCUGGUGAUGUCAAGUACCACUUGGGCACAUACAUUGAAAGAUUGAACCGUGUUACAAACAAAAAUAUAAGACUAGCUGUAGUAGCAAAUCCCUCCCAUUUGGAAACUGUUGAUCCUGUUACCCAAGGAAAAACCAGAGCCGAACAGUUCUACAGAGGCGACGGAGAAGGCAAAAAGGUUAUGUCCAUACUCUUACACGGUGAUGCUGCAUUCUCUGGCCAAGGUGUUGUAUUCGAAACUAUGCACUUGUCAGAACUACCAGAUUACACAACUCACGGUACCAUCCAUAUUGUUGUUAACAAUCAAAUUGGUUUCACCACUGAUCCUCGUUUCUCCAGAUCUUCACCAUAUUGUACAGAUGUUGCUCGUGUAGUUAAUGCACCAAUAUUCCACGUGAACGCAGACGAUCCGGAAAGUGUCAUCCACGUAUGUAACAUCGCUGCAGAAUGGAGAGCCACUUUCCAUAAAGACGUCAUCAUAGAUUUGGUUUGCUAUCGUAGAAAUGGACAUAACGAAAUUGACGAGCCGAUGUUCACACAGCCUCUUAUGUACAGAAAGAUCAAACAGACUAAAGCCUGUAUAGAUAAAUACGCUGAACAACUGAUCACUGAAGGAAUCGUUACCCAAGAUGAAGUGAAGGAUGUUAAAGCAAAAUACGACAAAAUUUGCGAUGAAGCUUUCGAAAGAGCUCAACAAGAAACUCAUAUCAAAUAUAAGGAUUGGAUCGACAGUCCCUGGUCUGGUUUCUUUGAAGGAAAAGAUCCCUUGAAAGUUAACCCCACUGGAGUUAACGAAGACACCUUGGUACACAUUGGAAAACGAUUUUCUGCUCCACCACCAAAUGCCACUGAAUUCAUCAUCCACAAAGGUAUUGAACGUAUUCUCAAAUCCAGGAUGGAAAUGGUUGAAAAUAGAGUUGCUGACUGGGCUCUUGGUGAAGCCAUGGCUUUCGGUUCUUUGUUGAAGGAAGGCAUUCACGUUAGAUUGUCUGGUCAAGAUGUUGAGAGAGGUACUUUCUCACACAGACACCAUGUUCUACAUCAUCAAACUGUUGAUAAAGCUACAUACCGCCCAUUGUGCAACUUAUAUCCAGAUCAAGCACCCUACACAGUCUGCAACAGCUCCCUCUCUGAAUAUGGUGUACUCGGUUUCGAACUCGGCUAUUCUAUGACAAACCCCAACGCUCUGGUGAUCUGGGAAGCUCAGUUUGGAGACUUCUGCAACACCGCCCAAUGUAUUGUCGAUCAGAUGUUGUCUAGCGGACAAGCUAAAUGGGUACGUCAAACCGGUUUGGUUAUGCUGUUGCCUCACGGAAUGGAAGGUCAAGGUCCCGAACACUCCAGCGCUCGCUUAGAACGUUUCUUACAAAUGUCCUCAGAUGACCCAGACUACUUCCCACCUGAAAGCGACGACUUUGCCGUUCGUCAGCUUCACGAUAUCAACUGGAUCGUCGCCAACUGCACCACACCGGCCAAUCUCUUCCACAUCCUCAGAAGACAAAUAGCUUUGCCAUUCAGAAAACCCUUGGUAAUCAUGUCCCCCAAGAGCUUGUUGCGUCAUCCUGAGGCUAGGAGCUCGUUCGAUGACAUGGUCGAAGGAACCGAAUUCCAGAGAAUUAUUCCAGAUAGCGGACCUGCUUCAAAGAACCCCGAAGGUGUCGAGAAAUUGCUGUUCUGUACCGGAAAAGUGUACUUUGAUAUUUUGAAGGGCAUCAAAGAGAAGGGAUUGGAGAAUAAGAUCGCUCUAACACGUGUUGAACAACUUACUCCUUUCCCAUUCGAUUUGUUGAAGCAAGAAUGUGCUAAAUAUCCAAAUGCUCAGAUUUCUUGGCUGCAAGAAGAACACAAGAACCAAGGAGCAUGGUUUUAUGUCCAACCAAGAUUCGAGACCACUUUGUCUGGACAAAGAGCUAUUAGUGAGGAACAGGGCGAUUCGGGUUGGUUUGGUAAAUUGUUUGGAGGAAAAAAACAGGUGAAAACUGAACCGCAAGAAAGUAUCGAACAACCCGAUACGAGGGUAAUAAGCUACAUCGGCAGACCCUGCGCCGCCAGUACCGCCACCGGUAGCAAAAACCAACAUUUGAAAGAAGUAGCACAACUACUAGCAGACGCUACAAGACUGUAAACUGCGGGUUUUCUAAAGAACUUGUUCACAAAGUAUUAGAUCUACGACACUAUCCUAUGAGUUUCUUGUAAUCAAAAUGAUUGUAGACGACUUGAAAAUUUUUGAAACAAUAUUUUACCUAAAGAAAAGCACUGUUUUACGAAGAGUUGUCAGAUAUUUUUGACACUUAAGUAUAUGUUGUUUUUUUAUUUAUUAAAGGGGUCAAAUCAGUUGGUAGGAUUUAUAGUGGCGCCCGUAAAUAUAAUGAAUUUUACAGGCCGAUAUGUCGUUGGAAAUGUACUGUCUGAAUACAUAUUUCCAAUAGACUAUUAUUGUACUUAAACUAAAUGGACUAUUAGACAUUUCUGUUACUUUUCCGCUACUUUAAAGUUACGGAAAAAAUAAAUCUAUUAUUUGUCUCCUAAAAUUAAAUAGAUACCUUUCAGUAUGUUAUGAACAAAUGUUAAAAUUAACUUCUAAGCUUUUCAGUUUUUCCUGAAUAAUCGAAAUAAUAAGCUGUCACGAAUGAAAGACUUUGUAUAACAUCUCUUCGUAUAGAUCGUAUAAUUAUACCAAAGGAAUAUUUCAUAUUUUUCUUCCUUUAGCCAAACAUUAUAUAAAUUAUGAUCAUUUUCGUACUAAAUUCACUGUGGGAUAGCUUCAUUAAAAAAAUUCUAUAUGCUACUCGUAUAACGACCAAUUUUGAAACCCAUUUAUCUUAUCAUCUUAUCUUAUCAAAAUAUUUAAUGUAAUUCCUUAUUAUUGUCCUUAUAUACUUAUUAUAUAUUCAAUAUAUUUUUUAUAAUCCUAAUAGUUCUACCAACAAGUCUAUUUUUUACUUAAUGUAUAUUUAAAUUUAGCAGUUUAAAUUUAAAUUUUUAUGACAACUCUUCAACCAUGUAAUUAUGUAUAUAGCACAUAUUUAGUUGUUUAUAAUAUUUAAUGCAGAUUGUGAAGGAGGACAAACCAAAUAACUCGUUUUACCAGACGUUUUUCAUGUUUUUAUCACGCUGAAAUAGAGAUACCAAACACUGCUGUUUCUCUUAAAGUAAAAAACCCGCACCUCUUUAGUAAAGGAGUACGACUUUGAAACGCUCAAUAAUGGACAGAACGAAACUUGAAUUAAUAAUUUUUUUCAAAUCUGAAAAAAUCGAUGAUUUUGUGAUAAACUAGAUUAGAGAUUAUCACAAAUUUGGAAGAAUUUGACUUUGAAAAAUUAAGCCAAUAUUGGUAUACAGCUCUUCUAAUAAAUAAUGUUGCAUAUAUCUUUCAUUCUACUACACUAUUUAACGUAGUUUUUUUGAACACGUCUGGAUCUUUAUAUAUAUUUAUUAAUGCAAAUGUACAGUAUAUGUGAUGUAAAAUAAUAUCUGAAAAUAUCUUUUGCUUUUCAAGUAUUUUAAUAAAUCAUAUAAUUUUAAAUUUAGUAUAAGUAUUUAUUGUAUGGACGUAUAUAAUGCUUGGAUAUGGUUGAAUGAAAGUUUUGUUCCAUU